AAAAAAGUCAUAAGCGUGAUACGAAGAUCGUCGGCCUCGGCGACAAGAUUUGUUAGGGUUCGGCAGAAUAUCUACAAUCCACCCUAAAAUCGUGGAAUUCGUACCAAGAUAUGUCUGUCAGCGAGGAAUUUCAAGCUAAUAUUGAAGCUCUGCCGAAUAUAUUGCAAAGGAAGUAUGCCCAGUUACGUGAUAUGGAUAAAAGUUUGCAAGAGAUUCAGAGACAAAAUGAGCAGCGGUGUGAGCAAGAAAUAGAUGAUAUGAAGCGUGCCAUUAAGUCCCAUAAUAUAACUCCAAAUUCAUCUCUUCUCAAAUUCUCCGAUGAAGCUGUAGAAGAGCAAAAACAUGCCAUUAGGAUUGCUGAUGAAAAGGUUGCAUUGGCUGUUCAGGCUUAUGAUUUGGUAAAGCUGGAUUCUGAUGCCCACAUUCAGCAGCUUGAUCAAUAUUUGAAGAAGUUUGAUGAAGAUCUUAGACGUGCAGAAAGAGAGGCCAUUGCUGCAACUGGGGCUUCUCCAACACUUGAAAACAAUGUGAAAUCUGGAAGAUCUGAGGAGACUACUAGACACAGAGGGCGGAAAAAGCGUGUUGGAGCAACAACUGCAGCUGCGGCUGCCUCAGCCUCUGCAACAGCUGUUGCAUCUUCCACAACAGGAGCCAAUUCCACCAGUAUGGAGCUUGACCUACCUGUCGACCCCAAUGAACCAACAUAUUGUUUCUGCAACCAAGUGAGCUAUGGAGAAAUGGUUGCCUGCGAUAACCCUGAUUGCAAGAUAGAAUGGUUUCACUAUGGCUGCGUUGGCCUGAAAGAGCAGCCGAAGGGGAAAUGGUAUUGCUCCGAGUGCGUUGGAACUCAGAGGCGUAGGAAGAAAAGAUGAUCAAAAUUUGAACCAAGUUGAGUUCCUGGAUAACUAAGCUUCAUCGUCGAGAAGGAAAUAGCUCGGAUCACCAGCUAAGGCCCCCAAAUGAUUGCUCAACCUUGUAAGGCCCCUAAAUAAUCGCUCAAUGAUAAAGGAGGUAGGGGUGAAGAGACAACCAUGAUUCUAGUGAUAAUAUUGAUGGUGACUUUGAUACAGAGCUGGAAUUGCUAACUAUGAUUAAUACGUUAGCUAUUGAUAUGCCGAAAAUAGAUUGAUUUUAACUUGAUUUGAAUGAUCCUUUAUUAAGAGCUUCAUUGGCUAAUAUGAAAUGAAAAUUGUAUUCA